UGGUGGUGCUGGUGGCAGCGCAGCGCCUCCGACACCAUGUUUGUUUACAUUCUUGCUCCAGGACGUCAGUGUCUUGUACUCUCUUCCUGAUGACAUCACGCAGGUGUGAAAGGUGAAGAACACCAGGUGAGCUGAUCCAACGCCCCAGAUGCAGAGCAGGUAACCAUGGCAACUGCCCAUCAGGCUCAGGUGCGUAAGAACAUCAAACUAAUGGUUUUGUGUUGGCAUGAAGACGUGCUGGGCGGAACCCGUCAAACACAACACACAGCAUACCUGGCCCAGGGCAACACCUGGAUUCUGCAGCCAAUCAGUGAGCAGCACAGAUACCUGAGCCUCCUCACACCUCCAUCAACAGGCUCCACAUAAACAUCUGUUGUCAUGGAGCAGGAGGAGCAGGAGGAGGAACACACACAACACAACACAACACACACGUUCAGUCAGUUACACGUUGGAAAGUAACUUAGUUACUCAAGUACUGAACUUUUAAAGAACUAACCAACAAACACACAGCAGCCUGCAGACACUGUGAGGUGACGAUGACGUCACCUGAACGCCACCUGACAUCACCUGAACGCAUCACCUGAAGCUUCAGUGUGUUGCAGAGUGAGAGUGAUGAGUCAUUAAAUUCUUCUGAAGGGAGGAACACGAGUCUGCAGGCCUGCAGGCCUCCUGGUGUGUGUUUACAGGUGAAACACACUGAGACCUGUGUGACAGGUCGGCCUGCAACCGCACCUGAUUCCUCAGCAGGGUGAGACCAGAGAGGCGGCACCUGAGAGACACCUGAGAGACACCUGAGAGACACCUGAGAGACACCUGCCUCUAUAAGACCGACAGCUGCAGCAUCAGAGACAGUCGACACGCAUGCAGCCAUGGAGAAAUUCAUCGGAAAAAUUGUUGGGGAAAAAGCAGAGGAAGUCGUGACCAACAUUCUGAGCGGUGGAGGAAACAAAGGGGAGGAGUCAUCAGGAGGAGGGGAGGAGUCAUCAGGAGGCGGCGGACUAGGAAACGUCCUCUCAGGCAUCGCUGGAGGCGGCAAUGAUGGAGGUGGAGGCGGAGCAUUAGGAGGCUUAAUGUCCACCGUCACCGGAGGCGGUGAUAAAAAUGAUGGAGGUGGAGGAGGUGUGAAGAACGUCUUGGGAGGAUUUUUUAAAUAGAAGAAACCUGCAGACGAGCCUGUGACAGAACCUUCAGUCCAUCCACCCUCUCCUGCAGUAAAACAUGAAAUAUUAAGAAGUGGUUCAAUGAAAAAUUAACUUGUUGUUUUUUCGGUGAAUGUCAACAACAAUCUCUGCAUUAAAAAGUGUAAAA